UUCACUUUCCUGCGACCAAACUAUCGUCUCGGCAGGGGGAGUCUUCAAAUUGGGUUUCUUCAAGCCUGGGAAAUCAGAAAAUUAGUGCAUAGGGAUUUGGUACAAGCAAGUUUCUCCAAGGACAGUGACGAAACAGAGAAGAGCCUGCUACUGGCCCCUUCUCAAGCUGUGGCCAAACCGGUCACUCGAGCUCCGGAACAUGUACACUGCUUUCAAGGCGAGCGAAUCUUUCUCUGGGCGUGUUUCCGGCUCCAUGUUGGAGAUGAAAUUGAAGCUCAUGAGCCUUUCUUAUGUGGAUAA